AUGCGAAUGAAAUUGUUCAGUCGGUUUUCGCGUAAAAGAAGCCCUAAUUUUUCCCCCUCAACGUUUCAAAAAGAUAAUACCAACGAUUCAACUUCCGAAAAUUCAGGUCAUAUGAUUUCUUCAUGGAUGGAAACCCCGGUUUCCAAGAGGCCGUUGAGAAAGAAACACCUCUCUAGAAGCUACGAUGAGAAUUUGAUGGAUGAUUAUCUGGAUAAGCAAUUAGGUAAUUCCCCAAGGAAAAGGUUCAGAACAAAGAAGGAAUUGGAGAAAGAAACAGAAAAAGAAGCCAUGAUAGCCCUUUCUUUAGGGUUUCCCAUUGAUGCUCUUCUUGAAGAAGAAAUCAAAGCCAAAGUAGUAAGCGAGUUAGAUGGAAAAGAACAAAACGACUACAUCGUUGUCAGAAACCAUAUUCUUUCAAGAUGGAGAGCUAAUGUACACGCAUGGCUUUCCAAAGGUGAAAUAAAGGAAACUGUAAGUAACGAAUUCAAUCACUUACUUCAUUCUGCUUAUGACUUUCUUCUCUUCAAUGGGUAUAUAAAUUUUGGAGUUUCACCAACUUUCAAACCUCAAAUGCCUGAAGAAUCAACAGAAGGAUCUGUAAUAAUAAUCGGUGCAGGACUUGCUGGAUUAGCUGCAGCUCGCCAGUUGUUAUCUUUUGGUUUUAAAGUGAUUGUGUUAGAGGGUAGGAACAGACCUGGGGGUAGAGUCUAUACCCAGAAGAUGGGUCAGGGGCAUAAUGGUAAUUAUGCUGCGGUGGAUCUUGGUGGAAGUGUUAUCACAGGUAUUCACGCAAACCCUCUUGGAGUUUUAGCUAGACAGCUAUCGAUUCCUCUUCAUAAAGUGAGAGAUAAAUGUCCUCUAUAUGAUCCAGAAGGAAAACCUGUUGGAAAAGAAACCGAUUCAAAAGUAGAAUUCAUUUUCAAUAGACUUCUAGACAAAGUAACCGAAUUCAGACAAAUCAUGGGUGAAUCAUGUGGUGACAUUUCAUUAGGAUCAGUUCUUGAAAAACUCACAAAACUAUAUGCUGUAGCCACAAGUGUAGAAGAAAAACAGUUACUCGAUUGGCAUUUUGCAAAUCUAGAAUACGCAAACGCGGGCCCCCUUUCGGAUCUUUCAGCUGCUUAUUGGGAUCAAGACGACCCAUAUGAAAUGGGUGGUGAUCAUUGCUUUUUAGCAGGUGGGAAUUGGAGAUUAAUCGAAGCAUUAUGUGAAGGGGUUCCGAUUUUUUAUGAAAAGAUUGUGAAAACCAUUAGAUAUGGUGAAAAUGGUGUUGAAGUAAUUACAAGUGAUCAAACAUUUCAAGGUGAUAUUGUUCUAUGCACUGUUCCUCUUGGUGUUUUGAAGAAAAAGAUGAUAAGUUUUGUGCCUGAAUUACCUGAAAGAAAACUUGAGGCGAUUGAGAGACUUGGAUUUGGGUUGUUGAACAAGGUUGCUAUGGUGUUUCCUUAUGUUUUUUGGGGUGAAGAUGUUGAUACAUUUGGUUGUUUGAAUAGAAAUAGUGAGAAUCGUGGAGAGUUUUUCUUGUUUUAUAGUUAUCACACAGUUUCUGGAGGUUCUGUUCUUGUUGCAUUAGUUGCUGGUGAAGCUGCAAAAUCGUUUGAAUCCACACAUCCUUCCACUUUGCUUCAUCGUGUUUUAAAUGUCCUUAAAGGGAUAUAUGGACCAAAGGGUAUUGAAGUACCUAAUCCAAUCCAAUCCAUUUGUACAAAAUGGGGAAAUGAUCCUCUGUCAUGCGGUUCAUAUUCUCAUGUGCGGGUCCACUCUUCCGGUAGUGACUACGAUAUCCUCGCGGAAAACGUUGCAAACCGCCUCUUUUUCGCCGGAGAAGCCACCAACCGCCAGCACCCCGCCACCAUGCAUGGGGCCUACUUAAGUGGGCUAAGAGAAGCUUCAUGUAUUUAUAGAGUCAGACAGACUAUUAAUAAUAAUAGUAAUGAUGAUAAUAAUAAUAAUAUUAAUAACAAUAACAAGCAAAAUAAUCCCAAAAAAAGCAUUCGAAGAAUCAUUGGAGUCAGUGAUACUCUCGUAAACCUUUUCAAGAAUCCGGAUUUUUCUUUUGGGAAUUUUCUUUUUGUGUUUGACCCUUCAAAUGAAGACGAUCAGUCAACCGGGCUCAUGAUGGUUGCCAUUGAUAAUGAUGAUGAUGAUGAUGAUAAAGUCAAAGUCAAAGUCAACAAUGGUCAAAGUCAACGUGCGGUGAAGCUUUACACGAUGGUGACACGUGUACAGGCGCGGGAUUUGGUGGCGGUGGUUGGUGGCGGGGAAAGGGGGCUGAGUUAUAUGUCAGAGAAUCUUGGGUUGAAGUUGAUGGGAAUGGACUGUUUUGCCCUUGUGGCGAAUUCGUUGAUUUCUAAUAUUGCUACACGGAGAAGUAGGGUUAGGAAUCGGGUAGUGUUUGGAAACCGUGUUUCGUACACGUGA